AUGAAUGCCGCCAGUCUGAUUGCGAGGCUCGUGCUGUUGGCUGCCUGCGCGGCAGGUGCUGUUCUGCAGGAGUUGCAGACGACGUUGAUGUUCAACUCAUAUGGAUGGAAGGCGGGGAGCGACUGCCAGCAAGCGGAUGGCCUCACAUGCGACUCAGACGGCAUGAUCACCUCCAUGAGUUUUGCAACAUACCAGACUCAGUUCUACGUUGACAGCGUCACACGGCUCUCCCACUUGACAAAGCUGGAAAUAAAGGACGUUAAGUACCCGCCAGAAGGCACGCUCUACAACAUCACUUGGCUCAAGUCUCUGUCGCUGACGUGCUCAAUGAAUACGAUGUACAGCAUUCCUGCUGAGAUGGGCAACCUCACUCAGUUGACCCAUCUGAGAAUACAAAACUGUCCGUUCGGGGAUGAGAUUUCCACAGUGAGUCUGCUCACCACCCUUGUGGAUCUGGAGCUUCUGGCAAACGGAAUCCAUGCAAUGUGGAUCCUUACACAGAACAGCUUCCCCACACUCAUGAACCUGGACCUGCGGUCCAACUUAAUCGAACUAAACACCCUCGAUUACUUGAAAAACCUGACAGCCCUCACAUCUCUGGAUCUAUCAUCGAAUCAGCUGAGUGAUGGCCUAGCACAGGCGAAUCUGAGCCUGCCCAGCUUACAGUACCUGAAUCUCUUCAACAACCAGCUGACCGGCGGUAUUCCUGACUCCAUCGCAACCAUGACUUCCUUGGUCAGCCUGAAUGUGAGUUUCAACUACAUGGAUGGAACUAUCUCACCAUCGCUUGGACGCCUCAACAGACUCUCGAAGCUAGCCAUCAACGGCACAAACCUCACAUGCCCUGACAGCUACACCAGCUGUGGUGUGCCUCAGAAUGCAUCCUCUGCCUUCUGCCGCACCUGCCCUGACUUCUGCGCCACUUGUGGCAAAUCGAAACCAGCAGCACUGACAUCAGCUGACACGCCCAAAUCAGGCCUGUCUACAGCCGCCAUCGUUGCCAUUAUUACUGCUGUUGCUGCUGCUCUGGCCGUCGCUGCCCUGCUUUUCUUCUACUGCUGGUUCAAUGCCAGGCGACCGAAAGCGCUGGUGAGCAGCAAAGCGGCAUCGCAGGUGUGUCAGGAGUAUUCCCUUAAUGCGGUGGCGAAGGCAACCAACGGAUGGUCCGAGGCCAACCUGCUGGGCGCGGGGGCCUUUGGUGAUGUGUAUCGCGGCGUCUCUCCCACCGAUGGAGCCACUCAGUGGGCCGUGAAGCGAGCUAAGAUUGUCACCACCGACUUUGAUAAAGAGGUGUGUGAGAUGGCAACGAAGCACCACCCCAACCUCGUGCGACUGCUGGGCUUCUCAAUCGGCAUCACCGACAAGACAAGGGUGGAGCAAAUCCUCAUCUACGAGCUCAUGCCCCACGGGGACCUCUCCAAAUGGAUCGGGAAAGAGGCAGCGACCCCGCUGAGCUUUGAGCAGCGGGUGGGCGUGCUGGUGGGGGCGGCACGCGGCUUUGAGUAUCUCCACAGCUUCGGCAUCGUUCACCGCGACAUCAAGCCCGCCAACAUCCUGCUCGAUGACCGCAUGCAGGCUAAGAUCUCAGACUUUGGGCUGGUGAGGAGGGGAGAGGGCACAGCAGUGCAGAGUACGCGAGUGGUGGGAACACCGGGCUAUGUGGAUCCCUCCUAUUCCGCAUCGAAUAGGGCCACCACCGCUACUGAUGUCUACAGCUUUGGCAUUGUCAUGCUUGAGCUCAUGACAGGUCGCCACGUCACCACCAAUUCUCUCGUUGUUCCCUCCGAUGAAGAGGCGGGGCAGCAGCUGCACAUUCUUGCCUGGGUCCAGCAGCAGCUGGCUCAAUUUGGCGGCAGCGAGGCAGUGGCAAGUCUGAAGGACGCGCGCAUGGAGGCGCGGGAUGAGUUGGUGUUGAGGGUGGUCGACUUGGCACUGCGGUGCACCGACAAGCAGAGUGCCACGCGCCCAGCCAUGGGGGUGAUUGCGGCCGAGCUGGAGGCCGUGCUGGUGGCGCUGGGGGUGGAACGCACAAACUCCGCCGCCCGGCAGGUGGAUUUGCAUGUGGAGUCGCAGAGAGUGCCAGCUUCGAGCUUGGAUGCAGAAUUUGCACGUCUGAAUGCGUUGCUUCAGGGGAACUGA